AUGCCUUCCCUCUCACGGCUAGACCGCUCGACCUUCACCCCCUUCAACCCAAGCCCAUUGCUGGACCCGAACAACUUCAUGUUAGCCAUCACCGUCAUCAUCGACUACAUCAACUUUGGCAACACGAGGCAAGAAGUAGUCCAGCUCCGCGACCUCGCCCAAGCCUGGUGCGAGAGAUACUUCAGCACGCCGCACUUCGCCCGGCACAAGCUCGACAGGGUGCUCAAGCACCACCCCAACUUGUUCAACUUUUCCAUCAUAUCCCGCGCGCGCCUGGACUCCCUCCCCUCCGCCGCCGCCGCCGCCAACACCAACAACGAAAACGACAACACCGCCAUGGACGUCGACGGGUUCCCGACCUACGUCGAGCCCAGCCUCUUUGAAGACCACGUCCUCUACGAGAUGCUGGACAUCGUGGCCGCGAGGCAGCAGCACCUACAGCAGAUCCCCAACGGCGACCCCUACGCCCACCUGCGCCCGCAGGUCUCGGCCGCCAGUGUGAAAGAUACCCAUAUCGUCUGGAACCUCCCCGAAGUCAUGGCGAGCCUGGCGAGGCUCAACAUCGCGGCCCUGGACGACGGCACCGGAACCCCCAUGUUUGUCGACCCCCCUGCGCCGACGGCGGCGGAUAGCUCCAUGAACGCGGGCGCCGCGCCGGCGCAGCGGCCAUCGGCCUCCGAAUCCGACAUGUCCCCGGGUUGCGGCAGCGGCAGCGACUGCAUGUCGCUGGAUGGGACUCCCGAAGAGGACGCAGAGGUGUUGGAUGGGACUUCCGACGAGGACGCCGAGCUGUCGGAUACUUCGUUCCUGACGGCCGAGUCCGACGGCACGUUUCAGACGGCGCGCACGUCUCCCGAGGCCGCCAGCCCGGGGGCCCUCGCCCGUGACGGUGACGACUCCCAGAUGGACCCGACUGAUUCCGAGGACGCCGCGGCUGAGCAAGACGCCCCCGGGGAGGCCAUGGAGGGCGUUGAGGAGCAAAGGCACCCCGUGCUCCGGGGCUACUUCGCCAUGAUCAGGAGAAAGAUGGAGGAGGCCAGGUUGCGGCUCCUGAAUGCGGAUGCCGAGGACAUGUCUUGA